CAAACAGUUUGGAGGGUUUUGAGUUGUCUACCAUACCGUCCAUACCAUUCAACACACCAACAGUUGGUGUCAACUCAAGUACAUUAUGUACUGUACAUAUAUUAAAUCUAGAUACAUUGUACAAAUUUAAACAUUCAUUAUAAUAUCUAAAUUCGAUAAGCAAAAAGUGUAAAAUACACAACGAAUCGUGCUUUAAAGUUUCUGAGAAUUUGAAAAUGGUUUUACAAAAGUCUCCGGAUUGGAUGAAACUUUUGCCAGUUCAACGGCGUGACUUAAUGAACCAAAUGUUGACGUCUGACCUCCUGCUACCCAUCGAUGAUAUUCAGAGCCAACUAGGAGGUCGACUUCAGAACGUGCUAGGCCUUCAAGAAAAAGAUUUACCAAAGGCCCUUAAACUGAUUCUCGCUGAAAUUGGGAAACACUUUGCAUUGCUAAAGCGUGGAGUGGGUGGCCAGGAGACUAAUAAGUUCCCUCCCGUGACAUCGUCUUCUCGUUACGUCGCCUGCUCGAGGGGGUCCAGAAUGAUGGAGGCAAAAGCUUCAAAAGAGCUCCAUGUGACACAACAGGCGAAUGCUAAUGCUGUUUUGGAGACAAAAUUAGAAGAAAUUCGUCAGUUCUCUGGAGCAGCGGAAGUACAAAUGGAAAAUACAAUAAUAGAAAGGAAGCAGAAUUCGAAGUUACUACUACAUAAAGAGACGUUAUUGAUUACCCUGCAGAUUUUGAGAGAAAGGCUGGAAAAUCUUGAGAAAACGUGUGCAACCCUAGCCAUCAUCGAUAUCAAGAAGCUGGAAGACGUCAUUAAGAGACACGAAGCUCUCAAAAGAAAUAUGUCGUUAUUAACAGAGAGGUUGGAUUCUUUAUCGCUAAAGGGAACUAUUCCUUGCAGUUAUAUCGAAGCUAAAGCCAAGUUAAUGGAGAGAAAAGCAUAUUUGUCAGCUCUGCAACAUCAAAUAGAAGCAGAGGGUGUGUCUCCAUGAUAGGUCAAUUAACAAUUUUGAUUUCAUUAAUUUAUACCUUAUUUUUGUCUAAAAAUAUUGCCAAUAAAAAAAUACAGAAACGUUGUGUUUGUUUGUGUUCAAGUGCAUACAAUGUUGAGAUUUAUUUGGUGGGAAUAUUGUUUGAGCUGCUCAACUUUUCAAGCUUUGAAUUUGAUUCAAAAAUUAAAUUUAAAAUUAAACAAUAACAACGUUAUAAGCAGGUUAAGCCAUCGUGGAAAAUGACGACUGCUCAAGCACUAAAACGGACUGUGUACGUCGGAGGCCUUGCAGAAGAAGUUGACACCGAGGUCAUUAAAGCUGCUUUCAUUCCUUUCGGUGAUAUUACGGACGUACAAAUGCCGCUGGACUACGAAACACAGAAACACCGGGGAUUUGCGUUUGUAGAAUUUGAAUUGAACGAGGACGCUGCGUCAUCAAUUGACAAUAUGAAUGACGCCGAACUAUUUGGAAGGACAAUUCGAGUAAAUAUGGCCAAGCCCAUGAAAGUUAGAGAAUUUUCAACUCGGCCUGUCUGGCAAGACGAUAGCUGGCUGCAAAAGCAUGCUGGAGAAACCUUGGGUGUCGGAAAGGAUCCCACUAAGGAUGCGACGAAUGAAGAUAAAGAAGGUGACCCUGAAGAUAUGAAAGAAAAAUCAAAAACAGAGGGCGCCGUCACACCUGGACCAGUUGUCAGAACUCCUAAGAAUCCUCAAGUCUACUUGGACAUUAAAAUUGGGAAAUUCACUGUAGGAAGAAUGUCAUUUGUUCUCAGAACUGAUGUAGUCCCAAUCACGGCGGAAAAUUUCAGAUGUCUUUGCACUCAUGAGAAAGGAUUUGGAUUUCAAGAGUCUUCGUUUCAUAGAAUUAUCCCUGGUUUUAUGGCUCAGGGAGGAGACUUUACAAAUAAUAAUGGAACCGGCGGAAAAAGUAUUUAUGGAGGCAAAUUUGCAGACGAAAAUUUCACACUUCGACAUUCAGCACCUGGUACUUUGUCGAUGGCAAAUUCAGGUCCAAAUACAAAUGGAAGCCAGUUUUUCAUAACAUUUCAACCUACCAACUGGUUGGACAAUAAACAUGUAGUUUUUGGGCUGAUAAUUACUGGAUUGGAUGUGCUGAAAAAAAUUGAGAAAUUUGGAUCCAAUUCUGGAAAGCCUUCAGAGAAGAUUACGGUCAUUGCUUGCGGCGAGUUGGUGUAGCUGCAAAUUCACUAAUAUAUGCACAUCAUUGACGUUUCUACUUGGAUCAGAAGCCCAUCAUGAUACCUUGUUUUUUCGAUUUUGCGAUUGCGAUUGUGAUUUGUGACAACAAGAGCUCUAAUUUGAUGGUCGUUUGUACCUAGAAUAUAUGGUAUCUUAUAUUUAUAUCUAAAAAAUAAAUCAGUUAUUGCACGUAAGUAUGUACUGCCCAUGAAUAUACUGGCAAUCAGGUAUGCAUGACUGGAUUUUUCUGUUCAAGACUAGAUCAUUGGAUGUUUUACUACUUUUCGUUUGAUGAGUUUUCGUUUCAUGUCUUUCUUUCAUGGAGGAAGGUGGGUGAAUGAAAACAGGUAGCAUCUAUAGUAUACAAGUAUGUAUGUAAGUACAAGCAGUGCUACAAAUUUUGCUACUUGGAAUUCUAACCAAGAUCGAAUAUGUAAAGAAAGCUAUAUUGUUACGAAGCCUGACGGCAUUACAUGUUUUGAUACCUCUUCAAUUCAAUGUUGUUGAUGCUGUGUAUCAGCAGGAACCGUUUUUGAUCUUUACUUUAUGUAUUUUGCUUCGAAUGCCAAAUGUGAGUAAACUUUACUGGCAAAUACGUUACAGUAUUUAUUUCUUUGACUCAGUUUAUUCCAUUUUUUAAAGAAAAUCUACUCCACAUUGUAAUAACUCGUUUCAAGAAACAUUAUUUAUGGCAACAAAUACCUUGAAAAAUUCACUUUCGUUAGAGUUUGAAUGCGUUUUGUUUGGUUACAGAUUUCAAAUCCUCGUACGUAACUUGAACUAAUGCUAAGACGUCUUUUGCUGUUACGCACAUUCUUGUAUAAUAACGAAUUAGUAAGGUAAACAAAAUAAGGGUAUAGGUUGAGUCUUAUACAUGUGUAUUAUGUCGUUGAGGAGUCUGCUGAUUAUCACUAAAUGGCGAUCAUCAUGUAACGUGACUACUUCACAACGGAUAAUCUCUCAAGAGUGUUGUAUUUAUAAUCUACAUUAUCAUUGCUUACUUAAUUUAUUAUAUUCCUCUCAACCAAGUAUGACUAUUAUUAUUUCGUUUAUUUUAUAAGAUUUUUUCAUCACGUAAAGUAUCAUAACUUUUACUUAAUUAAUAAAUGUCCCCUUACCUUAUACAUA